AUGACCUCGAAGAACUGGGUAAAAUUCCUCGCCGCAUUAAUACUACCUCAGUCCCAACCCAGCCUGACUUCCAGCCCACCAUCCCUCCCGCUCUCCCCACUCGACCCCACGCAAAUCUACCACAUCCCCCACCUCACCAUGCACAUGAUCUCGGAAAAGCCCGGGUGGCCGGGAAACCCAGAUUGGAACGAGGCGGACAAAUUCAACACCAGCAUCGAGUUUACCGUCGUGAUGCCGACUCUCCUGUCCGGCGGCCAUACCAACAGAACUGUGAACUGCGCGGCCGAGUGGAAACACGAUACCCUGCCAGAAAUGGCAUUUAGCUGUGCAGGAGAUGGCGCAAAGGAGGGCGAGCAAGUGCAGUUCGGGAUGAAGCCGUAUCACAGACCGGGGGAAACGGGGGCAACGAGGAGGAGGAGGAGGAGGAGGGAAGAAUUGAACUACGAGUUAGUUGUUGGACGGAUAGUUCCUGGGGAGGAACGAGAGGUGAUGUAUCUGCUCCUCUGGAUGGAGAUGGCGAAUCAGAAGGAACACGGAGGUUGUCGAGGGCCUGAGACAGUUGCAUGGAUGGUGCUGGAUACGUUGAUGGGGAGAAGAGGAUGCGGGGAGGGGGCUGCAGUUGUCUCGAUUGUUGCUUGUUUUGCAGAUUUGAAUGUUACACGACUAGAAAGUUUCGACGUGAGUAGUCGUGCUGCUAUGGUAUUUGAGUUCAAAAUCGCGGCUGCUGCCGUUAGGAAGCUUCGAAAUGCCAGCUCACUCGAUCGUCUUCUCAAACACUCUUGUACCACUUCGACGGCACCCUGUCCGCCUUGUCGAAAUCGAGACAAAAAAGGCGCGCGAGGGGUUCACUGCAGAAAUAUGAAGCUAUCUUUGGUGUUUGGUGCGGCGAUGUUCUUCUCAAGUGAUGUCUGGGCGGUGUACGGUAUCGGUGUCGGGCAUGCAGAAAUAGAGAAUGGCUUGGAUGGGAAUUGUGAAAGCUGUUCAAUUAUAGCGACUUCUGGUAGCAGCACUCCGUCAACACAACCCUCACCUUUCACGACGCCAUCGACAGCCAUUCCUCAAAACGACAUGACUGCUACGUCCACCACAACAAUCAAACUCUCAUCAACACCAACAUCACGACCAUCACUCAAUGCAACAUCAGCAAACCUCUCUGUCCCCCCCGUCUCCCUCCAAAACUCCACAUCCUUUGCCAAUCUCAGUGCCCCCGUCAGAGCAGCCAUAAUCUCCGGCUUCACCAUCCUGAUCCUAAGUCUCUUCUUCAUCCUGCUCGAAGUCGGCUAUCUGCGCCACAAAAGACGGGAACGAGCACUCCGCCGCGCUGUCGAAGAGGUCGAGCGCGACGCAGGGGUGGAACUGAAGACCAUGGUCGAAAGUCGCAGUGCGAGCAAGGAGAAUAUGGUGUUGGAGAGCCAGGUGGAGAUCGUCGUUGUGAGUGAGGAGGGAGACAGCGACGCAGAUUGGGAGGGCAAUAUGAGUGAUGAUGGUGGGGGUUGGGAGGCGGAUAUGGAAGAUGAGGAAAGAGGGAGGGGAGGUGGAAGAAAUGGGAUGAGUCUGCCGAGACGAGAGUACUGA